AUGCCUCAUAAGAUAGGCUUCACUGUGGAAUAUAUUUUUCUAAUUAUUGUAUGUAGGUUCUGUCCAUUCCCUCAAGAAAUCAUAUUGCAGUUGGUUGAGAGAUGUCGUGUCCGGAAACUCCAGCUACUGGCCCAUCAGUACCUGAUCCCAUCCAAGAUCGAAAUACACAUUUCAGACAUACUACAUAAACCCAACUAAUCCAAAUCACACCAACAGUCUACACACAUUCUCCACAGAAAAGGGUAUGUUUCCCUCUCUGACAACGAAAAGACUGGUUUCAGAGCCAGAGAGCUGAAGUCUGUUCACGUUGAUGCUGUUGGGUCUUACUUAAAGCUCACCUUUCACAGAAACCAUGUUAAUCAAUACAACAUCUACAAUCAGGUUGCAUUGGUGGCCCUAAAUAUUUUGGGUGACCCUGUGGAUGGAAAUGACAUAGGGACAGCACUAAGCAAAGAUCAGCUGAUUGAUCAAUAUCUAAACAACAGCCAACACAGCUCAGCUUUGGAUGGCACACACACCGGGCUCUCAAGUUAUGAAUGUGACUCUAUCUUGCCGCUCAAUGACUUGGCGUUUGACAUGUAUCAGGACCCUGAGGUGGCUCAUUUCAUUCGUUUACUGGACCAAAAACAGGACAUGGUUCGAGAGGAAAGAUUUGAUCUGGCCAAAAAACUCAAACAAGCUAUUGAAAAACUUCAAAAGGUGGGCGAGCGUUUGGGCCGGUAUGAUGUAGAGAAACACAGUGCCAUAGAAAGAGAGGACUAUGACACAGCCAAGCAGAAAAAGGAACAAAUGGAAGCUUACAGACUCACCGUCUACAAACAGCUGGAGCUCCAUGACCUGCUGGAUGUCAGUCAGAUCCACAGAACUUCUGAGCUUCCCAUCUCUGAUUUUCCCUCUCCACGUGUUGGGACACAGAAAGACACGCCUCAUCCAGCAGACUCACCCAGGAAGAGAAGACAGAGGCAACAUGUCAAGGAGACAGAUGAGCAGGACACUUUGAAAGCAGCUAGCCCCAAACAUACCGUUGCCCAAACAUCCCUCACUCCUCCUCAUGUCCCCAAGAUCGAUAUCAGUUCCCUUCCUUAUGACGAGAGGCCUUUACCAGCACUUAGAAAGAGGUCGAGUGAUCAGCCAAUCAGUGAGCUCGAUGAGAUGCCCCCUCUGACAGACACAACUAUCCCAUGUAGUCCUGGGGCCACAGGACAACCAGAACCCCUCACAGAGAAAGCUCAGAGAGAGGCCAGUCUGCCCAUCGACAUCUUUGGAGACAGUCUGGUGGCAGGUGCCGAUUCCAAGAUGUUGUCCUACAGGGAGGAUGCUUUGCUGACAGUCUACAAGAAACUGAUGGAGGUUCCACCUGGAACCCCAAAAGCAGAACUGCGGAGAAUGACUAGAGCAGCUGUGUUCCUCUGCAAGAAAGCUCUCACAGAUAAAGUGUCAUCUUAACAACUGUCUGUAUUUGUAUUGCAUUUUGCAUCUCUGAAUCUGCUUCGAAUGAUUCUGAGUGAGUUUAUUCCCAACCAUCUGCUGGGCAAAUCUGAGAUCAGUCACUGUGUGGAACAGACUUGGAAUAAUCUGCUCUCCAGGGCUGGAGAAUCAACCCUGAGGCUGAGAACCCCAGCUAUUACCUUCAUACAGUGUAAGUUUCUGGCAGGUGGAUUGGAGCACAGCGAUGCCUCAGUGCAGGAACUCUCUGUGAGAGUUGUCCAGGCUAUGUACGGUCUUCAUGGAAAAGCAGUUCUGAAUUAUCUGCCACCUGAUGACACCAGCACACGUAAAAAUGUCCUCUACAAGAACCUUUUUGACUCACUUGCCAAGUUAAAUGGAAACACCAUCAACACACGAAAAGCCAAAAAAGGGUCAGAAAAAGAAGAUGGUAAGAAAGAAAAAGAGGAAAUCAGGAGCUUACAAGAGCAGCUUGCAGUGCUGAAGGAGAUCAGUGAGAAAGGGAAGGAAAAUACCAAAGUACCUGAGAAAAAAGCAGAGAAGGCAACCAAAUCAGCAGGUGUUAAGAAGGUAAACCAGUCUGUACCUGCUGUUGUGAAAAGCAGUGGACCAUCUGGAGUUAACUUCUUAGACAAUCUGUGUAUUUUCUGUGGAGAGAGAGAUUAAUCAUUCACUGAGGAUGGACUCGACCUGCACUACUGGAAACACUGCCCGAUGCUGCAGCGCUGCCUUCAGUGCAGACAGGUGGUGGAGAUUGCGUGCCUGACAGAGCACUUGCUGACUGAGUGUGAGCAGAGGGCAAAUUUCACCCAGUGUCCUCUAUGCUCCGAGGCUCUCACCCGAGAUAAGCUAAUUGAACAUGCUCAAUGCGCUUCUUGCAAUGCACCAACUUCUGGAGAAAAUUGUAAUCACUGUCCUCUCUGCCAUGAAAACUUCGCCUCAGGGGAGGAGGUGAGAUCACACACAAACACACCCACAAGGUGCAACUCUAAAUCAUCAACUCAUUUAUUGUCAUUAAAAACAAAAUCACCCAUAACAAAUACAGCCAGCAAAACAACAGCUAAGACAACAACGGUCAUAUCCGAGUCCAAGACUCGAGGGCUGGGCAGAGGCAGUCGCAUCCCCGCUCCUGCUUUUAGGAUCAACAGACGCACCAGAAUUCCUCCAGGCAAGGCCUCUACCAAAAGAAUACAACAGGCAUAGCACAUGGGAUAAAUGCUAACUCUAGUAGCUUUGCUGGAAUAAUCUCAUAUGUGUGAUUCAUAGCAAAAAAACACAAAUCUACUUUAUAUGAAGUUAUCAAAUAAUGCAUUACUGCACUAAUUGCUGUACUGAUUUAGAAAUAUUCCUAUAAGACACAGCAUCAUUAUUCUAAGCACACAUUAUCAUUGACACCUGAUAUAAAAUUUACCCAUAAAUGAAUGUAAAAUAUUAUGUCGAUGGUUUGUGAACAAAAAUACUUGAGCAGAAAAACAGAGCUGUUUAUGAGCAGAUAAGCACUAUGUAUUUUGCUCUGUUUACCAUUUCAUGUGGAUCACCUGGAUUUUUUUGUAAUCUAUUUGAUUUUAUUCUUGUAUGUUGUUUUGUACUUGUUUGUUUAGUG